GGAAGUGGGCCAACACGGUACUCGGCAGGCUAAACCUAAUCAGGCUCCAAAUUUCAUCCAUCAACUAAACGGUAGUGACGUUUGACUCUGCCAUUAUUUUUUACGUUUUUUAUCUCGCUUCCUCAACCUUUGCAGGUCGCGUGUCUGCUUCCUGUUUUCAUGUUUGGGAGUGCUGGCAAGAGCCAAACUAUUCUUUUGCCGCCCGGUCGGGGCUUCUCGUGGUCUAGAAAGAAAUACCAAUGCUUCCCAUUCUGCUUCUCCCGAUUAUCUCUACCCUGAUCGGCAGUGCUUCCGCCAUACCUAUAUCGGACCAACAACCGUUGGGCGACCGGCUUGGGCACUCAGAUGGAGAUCUUUAUAGUAUUGAUAAGCUACCGGGCUCCUCUUCUGGCCGAGGACUCACCGGCCGCUUUCUGCAUAUAACAGAUUUACACCCAGACUCGCACUACAAGGCCGGGAGAUCCGUGGACGAGGAUGACGCAUGCCAUCGGGGAAAAGGCCCUGCGGGGUACUUUGGAUCGGAAGGGACCGAAUGCGACUCGCCGCUCACACUCAUAAACGAAACAUUCCGCUGGAUAGAGAAGAACCUCAAAGGCCAUAUCGACUUUGUCAUAUGGACUGGUGACUCAGCUCGUCAUGAUAAUGAUGAGAAAAUUCCUCGAACAGAGGAGGAGGUGUCUGCCUUGAACGAGAUCAUUGCUGGCAAAUUCAUUGAAACUUUCAAAGAGGGUUCCAGUCACUUUCCUUCUAUUCCAAUCGUCCCCACGCUGGGAAAUAACGACUUCAUGCCACACAACAUAUUCAACGAUGGCCCAAACCGAUGGACUAAGAGGUUUGUCGAUGUAUGGGCAAAGUUUAUCCCGGAGCAUCAGCGCCACACCUUCGUGGAGGGUGGCUGGUUUACGUCAGAGGUGAUUCCCAACAAGUUGACAGUAAUCAGCUUGAACACAAUGUAUUUCUUUGACUCCAACUCCGCGGUCGACGGCUGUAGCGCCAAAUCGCAGCCAGGAUUUGAACAUAUGGAGUGGCUGCGUGUGCAACUACAGUUGCUGCGGUCACGCGACAUGAAAGCAAUCCUGAUAGGGCAUGUUCCGCCGGCGAGGUCUGGAUCCAAGCGAAGCUGGGAUGAGACGUGUUGGCAGAAAUACACUCUUUGGGUCCAUCAGUAUCGUGACAUUAUUGUUGGUACUGCCUAUGGGCAUAUGAACAUCGACCAUUUUAUGCUCCAGGAUAGCCGUAAAGUGGACAUCCUUGAUGCCAGCAGCAAGAGCUCGGCUUCUUCAGCCGUGGCUGACGAUACGUCUCCCUUGGUCUCUGUUCAGUCCCGCCAAAGUUACCUUGUCGAUCUCAGGAAAGAUUGGUCUAAAAUGCCGUCACCACCCCCGGGAAUUUCAGACCUAUAUGAAUUAUUUGAGGAUGAUCCCACCGAACAUACCGAAAAUGCUGAUCUUGAGGCUCUGAUGUCCAAGAAAAAGAGACGCAAGUUUCUGAAGAAGAUUGGUGGUCCCUGGGCUGAGCGAUACAGUGUAUCAUUGGUAUCUCCCAGCGUAGUUCCCAAUUACUUCCCAUCGCUUCGGGUCGUUGAGUAUAACAUCUCUGGCUUGGCCGAUGCCACGACUUGGGCCGAGUAUUUGGAUCUAGAUACUGCAGUAGCCUCGCCAUCCUUCGAGAUGAUAGAAGAUGAUGCAUUUAUCGAGGAAAAGAAGAAGGGGAAGAAGAAGAAGAAGAAGAAUAAGCCCCACUUCAAGGUUCCCAAACCCCCGUCGUCGUCUGCUCCACCAGGGCCGGCGUACUCGAACCAACCGCUUACAUGGCUGGGUUACACUCAAUACUACGCCAACCUAACCAAGAUCAACGAGCAUAUGACCAGCAGCAGGGAAGUGGCGGGUGGCUCCGCCAGUCCUACCGAAACCGAAAGUAACGAGGUUUCUGAAACGAGCCAUGGUGAGGAUGCCUUCAUCUAUGAGGUUGAAUACGACACGAGGGAUGAUCGAAUUUACAAGAUGGAGGAUCUCACAGUGCGCAGUUUCUUUGAACUGGCGACUCGGAUUGCGAAGGAAUCCUCAAAAAAGAAUGAUAUCUCGGCAGACACUACGAAUGUCAAUGGUCUACCUGCCAGUAAGACUGGCGUGGUCGAUGAUUAUGACGAUGAUGACUUUGAACAACAAAAGAAAAAGAAAAAGAAAAACGCCCAGAACAAAGUAUGGCGAACGUUCUUAGAACGCGCGUUUGUAGGAUUUUUAGACAGUGAUGACCUUGAUGACAUGUCAGAAUGAUUCAGUUUUCUUUUACGCGAUGGUUUGGGCUGAAGAAUAUAGAAUAGGCCGACAAGGGACGGGUUUUAUUUCUUGCCAUUUGUUUUAUAAUUUCAAAGAACCAGUAUUUCUACAUGUAUAUAGUAGUCUCCUGGCUCAUAAUGCUGGUGUUGCUAGACUUCAGAUGUGGGGAUGCAUGUCAAAACGGAGUUGCACUUUGACAGUUGAUCUGUGUUGGAUAUAAAUGAUAGUAACAAAUGCUAAAUCCACUAUUUCACAGCAUAACCUUGAUUAUCUUUAUUGUACUGUACAUGCUAUAUAGUAACAGAUAUAUGCAUACCGUAGAGCAAGGAUAAGUUAGCGGUGAACAGGGCGGUGGGACUCUGCCAUGUGUUGGAAU